AUGUCUCUCAAGGAGGAGUUCGCGACAAGGAAUUUCAGUAUUUACGGGCAAUGGCUCGGCAUACUGGCCAUGAUUCUCUGCCUCGCAGUAGGAAUCUCCAACAUCUUCACCCUUGAUGCUAUCAUCAUCAUCUUCUGCGCAUUCGCCCUGGCAUCGGCUUUCGUCAUUCUCUUCAUCGAGGUCCCUCUCCUCCUGAGAAUAUGCCCCACCUCGGCCACCUUCGAUGCCACCCUCCGUAAGAUCUCGACCAACUACACCCGUGCCGCCGCCUAUGGAAUCAUGUCUGCGAUUCAGUUCAUUAGCAUUUCGAGGAGAGCUACCAGCCUUAUCGCCGCCGCUGUCGUGCUCGCCCUCGCUGCCUUCAGCUACCUCCUUGCCGCUAUCAAGGGCCAGGCUUUCGUUGGAAGCAAGACCCUUGGUGGUCAGGGUGUCGCGCAAAUGAUUGUAUAA